UUUUGCAUUCAGUUCAAUUGUAGUUUUUCAAAUUAAACUGCUGCUCUAAAUUUGGUCAUGACUUGGUGCAUCAGACACAUAGAUAACGUGAAGGGCUUUGGUUUGUUUUCCACUGAAGAUAUCAGUAGUGAUUCUGUAAUACUGGAAGAAGAUCCAAUUAUUAGUUGUCAAUUUUCAUGGAAUAAGCUAUACAAGUACAGGGCAUGCGAUUAUUGCAUGAAGUCACUGGAGACCACAGAGGAAAUGUGCAAACGUUUAGCUCAAAAUCCUGGGUUAAAACUUCCAUAUCAUGAAUGCUGUGAAUCAAAUCCUGUUACAUAUGUACACUGCCAAAAUGAAAUUUACUGUUCGAUGGAAUGUAGAGAGAAAGCUUACAACGAGUUCCAUAAAAUAUUGUGUCCAUCAUCUGACCUAAUUGAUCGAAAUGCUCUUGAAAUUCUUGAUGAAACUUGGAGAGGAUGUCAUUAUCCUCCAGAGACAGCUUCAAUACAAAUGAUCAUACGUAUUCUUGCAAGAAUUAAGCAGGAAGAAAAAAAAGAAGAGUUUAUUUCUGAUAUUGAAAAAUUCUGUCAUGCCAGCACUAAUGAUGUGGAACAAAUUGCUCAUAAAUUGCUUGGAGAGCAGUUCUUAGUUCAGUUAACAACUUUGCGGGAACAACUAGCAUCUGUGUUUUUUGAUGAGUCUGUCCAACAUUGGUUCACCGAUGAUGGUUUCAAAAAUCUAUUUGCUCUGCUUGGUACCAACCAGCAAGGUGUUGGUACAAGUGCUCUCAGUGUAUGGGUGCACAAUUGUGAUGAGUUAGAUUUAAAUCCACAGGACAAGGAAGAAUUAGACAACUUGAUUGAUGGUUUGUAUGAGGAAUUAGAAAAUGUUGCUGGGUCAUUUUUGAACUGUGAAGGUGCUGGUUUAUAUAGAAUACAAAGCAAAUGCAAUCAUAGCUGUGAGCCAAAUGCUGAAGUCUGUUUUCCAAACAAUAACCACAGGCUUGCAGUGAAAGCUUGUAGAGACAUAGCAGCAGGUGAAGAAAUAACGAUUUCAUAUUUAAGCCAGUGUCAAAUUGCUCGAGGUUGUCGCUCAAGACAACAAUAUCUGAAAGAAAACUAUUUAUUCCACUGCUGCUGCUCUAAGUGUUCAGAACAAACAGAUGAAGAAUCAAGUUCUGAUAUGGAGGAUUGACUGUGGUAGUUGGUCUUGAGUGCAGAAAUAAAACAAAUUCGAGAAAUUGUCC